AUGAAGCCCCGAGUUAUAAUUUUGGGUGGAUGUGGGUUUAUAGGAAGAAAUUUGGUACAUUAUUUAAUAAGCAAUGAUCUUGUGGAAUGUAUAAGAGUUGUUGAUAAGGUACCACCACAAAUUGCAUGGCUCAAUUCUCAGCAUCAAGCCAGCUUUAAUGAUGCUAGGGUUCAUUUUAAAAGUUGUAACCUAAUUAAUUUGGAUUCAUGUAAAGCUGCAUUCGCUCCGGAUGAAUCAAAUUAUAGUUUUGACUAUGUUGUGAAUUGUGCCGGUGAAACGAAACCCGGUCAAACGGAUCCUGUUUACAAGGAGGGAAUUUUUAAAUUAAGUAGCACAUGUGCCAUGGAAGCUGCUAACCAAAAAAUAAAACAUUAUGUAGAAAUAUCCUCAGGAAAUAUAGCUUCUUCUGAUAAGAUUCCGCUAAAAGAAAACUGUAAGAAAGAUCCAUGGACAAAUAUUGCUAAAUGGAAAUCUAAGGUUGAAGAGAGUUUGUCUGAAAUUUCAGGUCUUAAUUAUACAAUAUUAAGACCCGGUAUUGUUUAUGGAUUUGGGGAUCGCUCAGGAAUUACUCCUAGGUUAUUGAUAGGAGCCAUUUACAAGUAUUUGGGGGAAUGUAUGAAACUAUUAUGGACGAAAGACUUAAAAAUGAAUACGGUUCACGUAGACGAUCUUUGUCGCGCAAUUUGGUUUGUUCUUUCCAGAGAUGAUACUAGGCAAAAUAUUUAUAACGUUGUUGACGAAGGGAAUUCUACACAAGGAACCAUUAGUUCACUCGUUUCGGAAAUAUUUAAUAUUAAUCACGAUUAUUGGGGUUCUACGAUUUCAUCAAUCGCCAAAGCUGAUCUCGCAAGUGCUGUAGAAGAAAUAAAUGAUAAGCAUUUAGGACCCUGGGCUGAAAUAUGUUCAAAAGAUGGAGUUAAUAACACUCCUUUAUCGCCGUAUAUAGAUAAAGAACUUUUAACAAAUAAAAAUUUAUUUCUCGAUGGAAGCAAAUUAACAAAUUUGGGUUUUAGUUACACGAUUCCAACGGCAACUACCGAAAAACUUAAAGAAGUUUUAGUGGAUUAUACUGUUAUGAACUUAUUUCCAAAAUCUUUAAUUUCCUGA